CUUAGGCAGGUGUUAAAUUUCAUGAGGCAUGUCAGCCAAUGAGAUUUCCACACCUCCCCGUGUGCAGAUCCUGUCAGAACAGUGAAGACAUUAAGACGGCCAGGAAGUAUUUGAAUUGCCAGUUUCACAAAGGAUUCCAGAAAGAAAAACAUACUGCAAUAGCACACAGCUCCAACCUGCUGAAACUGAAUAUAUUGAUUAUGACGAUGUUGCGGCUACUCCUUCUGACAUUGCUUCUGACAGUCAAGGCUGAUAAAUCAGAUCAUGAGGCCUCGGGAGGUGAAUACGACACAGACGAUGAAGAACAAGAAGAUGGACAAGAAAGAAUUACAACAUUUGAAAAUUCUCUGCUUGCUGCAGAAGUGAAAAAUGUACCAGAUGAUGCUGAAACUGAAGAUGGACACACGAUGGUCAUUAUAAUAGCAGCAGUUUGUGUGGUUGCCCUAGCCAUCGUGACUGUAAUAGCUGUAGUUCUCUUUAAACUACAUUUGCAGAGACGGGAACAAGGUGUGUACAGUGUACCAGUGGAGCAGGGCCAGAAAGGUGUCUAAACUUGCAGUUCCCCACUUCUGCUUCUGGGAUCUCAUCAGGGACACCUCGACACACACAUACAAAAAAAACAACACUCUGUCAUCUCUGGCCGUCUCUUCCGUCCCACUUGUCCUACUAUAAAACCCCGCCAUUACUCGACUUGCCAUUAACCUAAGGCAUGAAAUGAUUUUUAAAGAAUGCACUCUUUUGUCGUAAUGCCAUGGAUCGAAGAAUGAUUUAUGCACCACUGAUACUAUUUGUUUCUAUAAGUGAAUACAUUUUAUAUCUUUUUGAUAUGGUUGUUGUUUAAGACCCAUAAUCAUCUUUUACAUGCCAUUUGCUGCAGUUUAGCCCUCAUGAUUCUUUAUCUAGUCCAAAUCAUAUGCACUUUAAACACAUGGGGUUUGUGAGAGCAAUCAGAUAAACUUCCUGCAACUUUUUCCAUUUAUGGUAAGCCAGUUUUCUGCAUAUUUUCCAACUGCCCUCAUUCUCAACCUCUAAGGCAUUCAAGGGUGUAGGAAAAAAAAAAAAAAAAAAAAAACAGAAGCUGGUUUCAUAUGCAGGGUUAGACUGGCUUUAGCAAAAAUGUAACCAGAUGGUGACUGGAAAACGAUGGUCAUGACACUUUAAUUUUACACAAGAACUAGCUGUAUCUCUGUCAUUUGUUUUUGCUUUACUUUCACUGGAGUGCUGAUCACCACAUGUAGCUGGUGUUCUUUAGCAGGAAUAAAUCAUCUGAAAUCCCCCUAUGUGGAGGGGGCAAGUGGGCACUAUUUCUAACCAGGUCAUUACUGUGGCAAAGAAUCUCUUACAGGAAUAGUUUUUUGCAUAUGUGUUAGAGUGACAAAGCCAAAUCACCUGUGUGUGGGGUGAAAAGGAGGGGUGAAACACACCUACACAGGUGUUGUGCAUUCAUCCAUGCUUUUACUCGAUUUUCUCGCUUCAGGUCUUUCUUUCAAAUAAAAAAGGUGCUCUAAUUGCAUAAGCCUCUAGGUGUUUGAGCUCGACAGUUAAGUGUGUGUGUGUGUGUGUGUGUGUGUGUGGAGCAGCGCUCAUCUAAAAGUUAAUCAAUGUAGCCUACAGUAGUACUAUCCUGUAAAGUCUCUCACUGAAUGAGUUCUUGCACUGAUGCCAUUUUAGAUAACAAAAACAUUUCAAACAAAUGUAGCAAUCUCUAAUUUAAUUGGAUUUGAAGACACAAAUUUAUCUUGCUAGGAAAACUUGUAGUAAGUAUUGCUAUUAUUAUUUUUAGUACAAAGCUUUGUCUAAAAUCCAUUUUCCUGUUAAAUGUUUCCUAUCUGCUUUGCACCGAGUAUUGAUUUUACUCAAGAUGACAGAUUUCUUUAGAGUGCCUGGUCUUUGUCCUGCUAAAACAGUUUUCAUAAAAGAAGAGAAAUGAACAUAAACUUAGCCAUUUUAUAGCAUCCAUGGCUUGCUUAUAAUGAUGCAAUUUAUUACAACACUUAUGGUGACAAAACAACCAAAAAUGUGUUGAAUGGAAUGUUGGGGUAAAUAAAGCAAAUAAA